AUGGCAUCCUCAGCGGGUGCAAGAAGCCCUGCAACAGGACCGAAGACGUUGAGAACAGUGGCAGAAAUGCUCUUAUCCAGUGAAAAUGGUCCACCUGUCAACAAGUUGGCAGGUGUUGAUAUUGAUCCCAAUGCAUCUCAAAGCCUUAAGAAGAUGGCUUCCUAUCUUGGACUUCCUAACGCAGACGCCAAUGCUAUCCAACCGCGUACUCUGACAGCACCUAAUACUAGAGGUCCCUCUCUUUUAACCGUCCAAAGAUCGAUCAUCGAAGGAGAAUCAUACGGUGACGGGAAAUACUCUGAUGAGGAUCUAAAUAUGAAGGAUUGGAAGGAGGCUGAUCAUUAUUCCUUGUGCUUAUAUCGGCUGUGUGUCUUCAAUUCGUCUAGACGUAGCGGGAUAUUCGUCAAUCGACAGAUGAGUGAGGCGGAGAAGCAGGUCAGACUUUGGAUGUGCAUGGUUAGAGCUACCGCGGAUGCGAAUCGUCUUGUCACAAGGACUAAAGCUCAGAAGCGAAAGAGUUUGAGUAUUGACGAGGACUCUACCGCAGGAGGACUCCUGGAUCAGCCUUCCGCGAGCAUGUUUGGAGAAAAGUUUGGAAAUUUGGUAUCAGAUAUCAACUCGACUCCUUGUAAAUCACGGAAGCAACAUCAGUUCUCAUUCCCUCAAUCAUCACUCAUGGAUAAAUUCAAUCAUUCUAUGAGAAGUCUGGAUCAAGCUACAUAA